GAGUUUUCCCGCGGAUAAGUUUGCAGUUCUGUAGUCAAACGUAGUUGGUUGGCACAGCUGAAAGGGUUGUAUAAACGCAGGGGUACAGAGUAGUUGUUACAGACAGUUCGAGUUUGUAGAUAAAACCAUCCUAUACGACUGACUAUAGGCUUGUGUUGGAUCCACAGUUCAGCACGUUCGAGCGACUUGUUUGCGAGCAGCCCGACUGCUAUCUGGCCCAGCCAAGAAAUCACAACACGCCGAAGCCCUCCGUAUUGCUGACUAGGAUUCCUGCCAAGGCAAGCAGAGCGUCAUCGCGGACGGAGAGGGUGACGGACAAUAUGUCAGGGCACUCCUUCACGAAAGUGCCACUUCACGUGAGCUGUUAGACAGAGCUGAAGUGUCAUCCGCGGUUAUCAUACGCUUCCAUUUGUGUUCCCUCUCAGCGCGUCACUUACCCAGUUUCAAGGCUGAACAGGGAAACCAACGGUUCUUCGAAGAACAGGAAGACCGAUGAUACCACAGUCUUGUUCUAUUCUUUAGUGCGGCUAGUGCACAAGGCACUACUUAUGUGGGACUUCUGAAGGACCACGUAGCUUGUUCCGUAAAGAAUCUAUCUUUUUUGUAAGAAACAUAAAGACUAUUAAACAUACAGAUAGGUGUUUAUCUUGUACUCAUUGUGUAGCCCGAGGGAAGGAAGAGAAAACAAAGACCUAAGCUGAUCUGUUCACAUAUUGUGUGGCCUGAGAGAAGAAAGAGAAAACAAAGACCUAAACAGGUCUGUUCACGGAGUCAACCCGUCUAAAUCUACAACUUGCUUGGGUUCUCCAAAAGCUGCCGUGCCAAGUGGUACCGUUCCUCCACAUUCCUGCUCCUCGCCGUCGUCCCACCGCAGCACGCGAAAACACACAACAAAGAUGACGUCCGUCACACCAUCCACGCAUCCCACAGCAGUGAAGGUCUUCAUGGCUCUCGUAAAGGUCCUCUUGGUCGUCUGCGACGUCAUCACCUUCCCAGUCUACUUUGUCUUCCAGCAGCCCUGGGUGUACUGGAGGAGAAAGAGCGUCUGCUACGCCAAGCCCGUCGUGGAGGGAGACCCAUCGUCGCCCUAUCGCCGCUUGAGAAACAAGUCCAUCCCCAGUAUGGAAGGCGUCAAGACCUUGGACGAACUGGCCCGAACGGCGAUCCGGCUGUACUCCGAGAGGCCUGCCGUGGGCGUCCGACCUGUCCUGGGACACAACGAGGAGAGGCAGCCUAGCGGCAAGGUCUUCAGGAAGCUCGUCCUAGGAGAGUACGAGUGGAAGACGUACCAGGAAUUCGACGAGCAGAUUGACCUGACGGCACGCGGUCUGCACGCCGUGGGAGCCAGACCGGGCCAGAACCUGGCCAUCUUGGCCGAGACACGCGUAGAGUGGCUGCUGACGGCACAGGCCUGCUUCCGCACGAACGUCCCGCUUGUGACUCUGUACGUGACGCUCACAAACGACGGCAUCGUCAGCGCCAUCAACGAGACCGAGGCAACACACCUGGUGACGUCAGCCGACCUUCUGCCACGCGUUCUCAGCGUGGCGAACAAGAUGCCGUCGCUGACGCAUAUUGUGUGCAUGGAGAACGCUGACUCCAAGCCGUUAGAGCAAACGACCGAAGGUCCCCAGGUCGUCCCGUUCUCCAGUCUGGCGAAACGCGCAGAAAGCUGCGAGUUGCCAUCCACCCCACCCACGCCGGAAGACGUGGCCAUGAUCAUGUUCACCAGUGGCUCCACUGGAACGCCCAAGGGUGUGGUCUUCACGCACGGCGGUCUAGUCUCGGACGUGCACAGCUUCGCCGUGGGCUGCCAGAGGUUCGGCGUGUCCACCUGCAACGACACUUACGUCUCCUACCUACCCUUGGCCCACAUGUUCGAACUGAUCGCCGAGCUACACCUCUUCGGCGUUGGCGCUCGCAUGGGUUUCUCGUCACCGCUGACGCUCACCGACAACGCGACUGCCUUGGCCCGAGGCUGUCCCGGUGACGUGACCCUUCUACGGCCGACCCAGAUAGCGACCGUGCCGCUCAUACUGGACAGGCUAGUCAAGGGCAUCAACGACGCAGCCGCUUCCAAAGGAGCGAUGUUCAAAGCCUUCUUCGACUACGCCGUGGCGUACAAGCACUUCUGGGUCAAGCGCGGCUUCGAAACGCCGAUUCUUAACCAGCUCAUAUUCAAGAAGACAAGCGCGAUCCUCGGUGGCAACGUUAAGGCCGUCGCGUGCGGCUCGGCGCCCCUGUCGACGCAGACGCGCCGCUACCUCGAGGUCUGCCUGUGUUGCCCCAUCGCCGAAGGUUACGGGCUCACUGAGACCGGUGGCGCGGCCACCAUCAUGGACGCUGACGAGGUGAGGGAGAGCAGCGUCGGAGCACCGCUGCCCAAGUGCUACAUCCGCCUGGUCGACUGGGAAGAAGGAAAGUACAGCGUCCAGGACAAGCCCAAUCCUCGCGGGGAGAUACUGGUCGGCGGACCUGGUCUCGCCAAGGAGUACUUCAAAAACGAAGAACUGACGCGAGAGCUGUUCCGCGAAGAGAGCGGGAUUCGCUGGUUCUACACGGGCGACAUCGGCGAGAUCUUUCCGGAUGGCACGCUCAAGAUUGUCGACCGCAAGAAAGACCUCGUAAAACUGCAGUACGGCGAGUACGUCUCGCUGGGUCGCGUUGAAAUGGUCCUCAAGACAUGCGCGCUCGUCGACAACAUUUUCGCGUACGGCAGUUCCCUGCACACAUACCUGGUGGCCUUCGUGACACCCAACUACCAGCAGUUGCUCAGACUGGGCAUGAAACUCGGCAAGAAGGAGAACGCUACCCUGAAGGAACUCUGCGAGGACGGCAACGUCGCGAAGGCUGCCGUCGACAUGAUCCUGGAGUUCGCGAGGUCCAGAGGACUGCAGAAGACGGAGGUGCCGCUCAAGAUCAAACUCUGCCCCGAAGAGUGGAUGCCCGACUCGGGGCUGGUGACGCCCACGCUGAAGCUUCGCAGAAAGCCGCUUCAGAUGCAUUACCAGCGGGACAUUGACGAGAUGUACCGGCCGGCGGAGGACACCAGGCUGGUGUGAUUGUGCGAUAUGUUGUGGACGAAAAAAACUGUGGUCCAGCUGCAAUUAGGUGCAAUGUUUCCUGAUGUGAUGUGUUUUUUUUUUUUAUUCUUCUGCUCCAUUGACGGUAUGUCGAUCGCUAUUUGUACAAAAAAACAACAACAACGGAUCAAACACAUUUUUCCCAGGCAGCGUACUUAAUAGUUUUCCAAUGCUAGUUUAAUAAGUGGCGCAUUGUUGCCGAUUAUGACCUGUGUGCGUAUCUCAAAUCCACAUAGGGUUUUAUUAAAGGAAGGUACCAUCCUGGUUAUAUGUGCCGAA